AUGGUAGACUUAGAUGAGCAUUCUGAUGACGAGUUGCUUGCCUCAUUGAAUCCUAGUGUAGCCAACAGGCUGAUGACUAGAAGAAAAGGCAAAGUUAUUUCCCAAAGUUCCCCUGAAAAGAAUGCAGAAGCUAAGAGCACUGUCAAAUACUCUAUCAAGAAGAAGAGUACUUCUGCUGGUCCUAUCAAGAGCAGAGUUGUGGCUAAGAGUGUAGGGGUUUGUCCCUCAAAGUCCUGGAGCAAGGUUGUUCCAAAGAAAAGAAAGGAGAGGGAAAUUGUUGAAUCUGAGUCUGAUGUUGAAGGGGAUGUCCCUAACAUUCCAUCAAUGAAGACGCCUACAACUAGCAAGCUUGCUGCAAGUAUUCCUGAAAUACCUAUUGAUAAUGUGUCAUUCCACUAUGCCUCCAGUUCCAGCAGGUGGAAAUAUGUGCUCCAAAAGAGACUAGCUGUUGAAAGGGAGUUGGCUCCAAAUGCUCUUGAGAACAAGGAAAUCUUAGAGCUAAUUCAGGAAGCUGGACUAUUAAAAACUGUGUGCAACCUUCCCAAAUGUUAUGAGAGGCUGGUCAAAGAAUUUGUGGUGAACCUAACUGAAUAUUGUGGAAAUAUCAAGAGUGUGGACUUCAGAAAAGUGUUUGUGAGAGGUAAGUGUGUUUCGUUCUCUCCUUAUGUGAUUAAUAACUUCUUGGCAAGAACAAAUCAAGCUCAACCUGAGCUUGAAGUGACAGACAACAAGGUUUGUCAAGUGAUCACAACCAAGAAGGUAAAAAGAUGGCCCUUAAAAGAGAAACUAACUGCAAGUAAGCUGAGCAUCAAGUAUGCAAUGCUUCACAAGAUAGGAGUAGCUAAUUGGGUACCAACGAAUCACAAGUCCACUAUUUCAACUGUUCUUGGAAGAUUUCUGUAUGCUGUAGGAACAAAGGCAAAGUUUGACUAUAGAACAUAUAUUUUCGACCAAACUGUGAAGCAUGCUGGAAACUUCAGUGUUAAGGGUCCAAUUGCCUUUCCAUCCCUCCUGUGUGGCAUAAUUCUGACUCAGUAUCCCAGCAUUCUCAAUGAACAUGAUGUAGUAUGCAAAAGAGAAAGCCCCUUGGCUUUCCACUAUAAAUUGUUUCAGGGUACGCAUGUUCCAUACAUUGUCAUGACAUCGGCUGAAACAUCAAAGUCUGGAGCAUCAACCAUCAAAGCAGAAGUCAUAACAAUGUUAAAAGAGACAUGCAAAGAGCUAGAAGCUAGGAAGAUAUCCCUUGAAAAGAUGAUAAGCACUCUGGAAAUGGAUGAGAAUGAGGAAUUUGCAGAUGCUGUAGAGAUGGCAGAUGAAGAUGAACAAGAGAAGGAAGUAGAACCUGAAGAAGAUAUGGAAGAAGAGGGUACCAGUCCUACUGAUGGCUCUGAGAAAAGAAGUUAUGCAAACACUUCAAGUGGGUCUGACUCUGGGCAGUAA